AUGUUACGUCUCUUGCGCAGCCAGUGGAAUCGAAGGGCAAGUGGCGCAAUCCCUUCAGCAAGGGACACCAUUGACCACGAGUUCAAUCGCCUAGAUGGAAGCACCAUUGAUGUGCCAUUCAUGCAGAUCUGGUGCGACCAGCAAAUCGCCUGCUACGACGGAUUCAAGGUGCUCAAGCUGCCGUACAAGACGAUGGACGUCGACAGGUCCUCACCGGAUUUCGACUGGAUGCAGCUGAAGAGUAUCCCCAGGUUCUCCAUGUGCGUCUUCCUCCCUGACGCCCACGACGGCCUGCAGAGCCUAAUUGAGAAGAUGACCUCAUCGCCGAAGUUCCUGCACAACCACCUAUCUUCGAUGUUCGUCCCUGUCAAUGAGUUUCGGCUGCCACGGUUCAAGCUGACCUUUGGCGGUAGCAUCGCUGAAGACCUCAAGAGCUUGGGCCUCAUUCUACCGUUCGACCCAUUAACGGCGAGUGUGUCAGAAAUCACGGAGGGCUGUGAGGCAGCCGCCGCCACCGAGUCGGUUGACAACAUGGGGUUCUCGUUGGACUAUGAGAAGCCCAAGCAAGUGGACUUCAUCGCCGACCACCCAUCUGCAUUCUUCAUCAUCGAGGAGACAUCAGGCAGCGUCAUAUUUGCAGGGCAUGUCCUCGACCCAUCUAGGGAGUAA